UUUACACACAAUGGCUCAUCUUCAAUCUCUUAACAUCCUUGAGACCAGUCACAUCUCUCCCUUGAAGGGCACCGUUCCAUCCACCACUCUUCCUCUCACCUUUUUCGAUGCACCGUGGCUCACUCUCCCACUCGGCGAAUCUCUCUUCUUCUUUUCUUACCAAAACUCAACCGAACGUUUCCUCAGAGACUAUCUCCCUAACCUCAAACAAUCACUCUCCGUCACUCUCCAACACUUCUUCCCUUAUGCCGGUAAACUGAUCACCCUACCUCGACCUGACCCUCCCUACUUACGCUACAACGAUGGUCAAGACUCUCUUCUUUUCACAGUCGCUGAGUCUCUCGGAACUGAUUUCGAUCUUCUCAUAACAGAUUCUCCUAAAGACAUCAGUGUGUUGCAUGACUUCUUGCCCAAGUUACCUCCUCCUCAUGUCUCUCCGGAGGGAAUUCAGACACGGCCAAUAAUGGUGAUACAGGUCACCAUCUUCCCUGGAAGAGGAAUCUGCAUAGGAAACACGUCUUCGCAUGUCGCAGGAGAUGGAGUCACUUUCACUCAUUUCAUGAAGUAUUGGAUGUCUUUGACCAGAUCCAACGGCAGAGAUCCUGCCACGCUUCUACUACCCUCUCCUCCUGUUCACAGCUGCAGGAACGUUAUCAAGGAUCCAGGCCAAGUAACCGCAGGACAUCUGGAGAGGUUUUGGAGCCAGAACGCCUCGCAUCCCACGUCUGAGAACAUGGUCAGAGCUACUUUUACAAUGAGCCGGAAUUUGAUAGACAAACUCAAGAGUUUGGUUACUACAGAGCAGUCUGAGAAUCAAUCUCCUGUUUCAACCUUUGUGGUUACCCUAGCUUUCACUUGGGUGAACCUUAUCAAGACACUUGUUCAAGAAAGCAGUGAAACAGAGGACAAGGUGGAAGACAAAGACGAACAAGUCUUCAACUUGAUGAUUAAUGUGGAUUGCAGGAAUCGUAUCAAGUACACUGAACCGAUCCCAUCCACAUACUUUGGAAACUGCAUGGCUCCUGGUAUCGUGUCUGUCAAGAAACGAGACUUGCUUGGAGAAAAAGGAUUCUUGGUUGCUUCAGACGCAAUCACGUGGAGAAUCAAAGAUAUGUUAUCAAGCGAUUUGUUGAAAACAGCACCAAGUUGGGGACAAGGAGUACGUAAAUGGGUCAUGUCACGUUUUCCAACCUCCAUCGCAGGAGCUCCUAAACUGGGACUAUAUGAUAUGGAUUUUGGGUUAGGGAAGCCUUGCAAAAUGGAGUUAGUGCACAUUGAAACAGGUGGUUCCAUUGCAUUCUCAGAGUCAAGAGAUGGGAGUAACGGUGUUGAUAUUGGAUUCGCACUGGAGAAGACGGAAAUGGAUACCUUUGUUUCGAUUUGGCAACAUGAAAUCAAAAAGUUCAACAAGUAGCAGGAUACAAACAAGAUCACUAUCUCUGUUUUUUUUUUUUUUUUUUUGAAAAAAGGGCAAGAUCACUAUCUCUGUUUCAUGGAUAUCAUAGACCUUUCUCCGUACGAGAGCUUAAAGUUAACUAAGAUCAAGAGCCAUUGUUCGAAAUAAAUAUGAUUAGCUACUUUCCACCAA